AUGUGUAGGAAACAAUUUUCCAUUAAAUGCUUUUUAUCUUUGUUUUACAGAAAUUUUUUACCCAAUAAUUUUAGAGUUUAUAGUUAUGAUGAUGCAGGAAUUAUGAAACCUCUUAAAGAACAGCUUCCGAAUUUUUGCUACUUCCAAGGAUAUAUUGAAGGUUAUCCAAAUUCUAUGGUGAUCCUUAGCACAUGUACUGGACUCAGGGGCUUACUGCAGUUUGGAAAUGUUACAUAUGGAAUCGAACCCCUAGAGUCUUCGAUUGGUUUUGAACACGUGAUUUAUCAAGUGAAAAAUAAGAAAAAAGGUAUUCCUUUAUAUGCUGAAAAGGAUAUUGAAUCAAGAGCUCUGCCCUAUAAAAUACAAACUGUAAAGUUGAAAGAGUUCUCUCACUACGUAGAGAUGCAUAUUAUAGUUGAAAAAAAGUUGUAUGAACAUAUGGGUUCUGAUACGGCUAUUGUCACUCAGAAAAUCUUCCAGCUGAUUGGAUUGACGAAUGCUAUUUUUUCUUCCUUUAAUCUUACAAUAAUUCUGUCUUCAAUGGAAUUUUGGAUAGAUGAAAACAAAAUUUCAACUGCUGGAGAUGCUAAUGCGUUAUUGUACAGAUUUCUAAGAUGGAAAAGAUCUUAUCUUGUUUUGCGUCCACACGAUAUGGCCUUUUUACUUGUUUACGGAGAAACAGUAAAUUACAUCGGUGCCACCGUUCAAGGGAAGAUGUGCGAUAAGAACUACGCAGGAGUUGUCGCUGUGCACCCCAAAGCUAUAAGUCUGGAGUCAUUUGCGACUAUUUUAGCUCAGUUACUGAGCCUCAGUAUGGGGAUUGCCUACGAUGACAUCGACACCUGCCAGUGCCCUGAAUCCAUCUGCAUAAUGAACCCAGAUGCAAUUCAUUCCAGUGGUCUGAAGAUCUUUAGUAACUGCAGCAUGGGUGACUUUGCACAGUUUAUUUCAAGUAAAAAGUCCCAAUGUCUUCAAAAUGAGCCACGCCUACAGUCAUCUUACCAGCAGGUGGAGUUGUGUGGUAACGGCAUUGUGGAAGGAAGAGAAGUCUGUGACUGUGGAAAGCCGGAGGAGUGUAAUGCUAUCCCUGCACAGUGCUGUGAAGGUAGCACCUGCACCCUGAAAGCUGGCUAUGACUGUGCUGACGGACCGUGCUGUGAAAAUUGUCAUUUUAAGGAAAAAGGACGUGAAUGUAGGGCCUCCACUGGGGAAUGUGAUGUCCCUGAGUACUGCAACGGCUCAUCCAAAUCAUGUCAAGAAGACUUCUUUAUCCAUGAUGGGCACCCGUGUGGAAAGAAUCAGUGGGUCUGUAUGGAUGGAGAGUGUAGAAGUGGGGAGCUACAAUGUGUGGACAUGUUUGGAGAAGCCUCAUACUUUGGCACUGAUGAAUGUUAUGAAGAACUGAAUUCUAAAAAAGAUGUAUCUGGAAACUGUGGCAUCACCAAAUCAGGAUACGUACAAUGUGCACCUAAUGAUUGGAAGUGUGGAAAAUUGAUAUGUACAUAUGAAAGUGACAGUUUAAUUACUAAAACAUCUGCCACUACUAUCUACGCCAACAUAAGUGGGAAAAUCUGCAUUUCCCUGGAAUACGACCAAAAUGACAGGGACAAGGAGAAGAUGUGGGUAAAAGAGGGCACUGUUUGUGACAAGAGAAAGGUUUGCAGGAAUAAGGCAUGUGUAGAAGAUACAUACUUGAAUUAUGACUGCACACCAGAAACUUGCAACAACCAUGGUGUAUGCAAUAACAAAAAGCACUGCCACUGCCAACCCACAUAUUUACCUCCAAAUUGUGCAACCACAGAUGAUAAAUGGCCUGGUGGGAGUAUUGACAGUGGCAAUCAACGAUCAGAUGCAGCCCCUAGUUCUGGUGAGUUAUUCAUAACAAAUGAAAAACAUAAUUGA